AUGUCUCCAACCGACUCAUCUAAUGCAUCCCGGCAACCCGUCGAAAAUGCAACUGUGCCAUUUUGGCACCGAGACAUUCACGAACUGCACGACCAUCGGACCACAGAGGAGCUUCCAGUAUCGAGUGACGUCGUCAUCAUAGGCGCCGGCUAUGCAGGAAUCAGUACAGCGUACCACUUGGUCAAAGGAGAGGCCAGUGACAACAAACUCUCUGUCACAAUCCUGGAAGCACGGGGUGUCUGUUCGGGUGCGACAGGACGCAACGGUGGUCACCUACGGCCUGACAUGUACACCCCCAUGGCCAGGCUCAUCGACCGAGCAGGAGUUGAACGCGCGCUGGAGGUAACGGAGUUCGAAAUCGCACAUAUACACGCCAUAAAGUCCUUGGUUGAAAAGGAGAAAAUCGACUGUGACUUUACCCUCACAAGGUCUAUCGAUGUGUGGACCAACGAGGAAACUGCCCGGAAGGCCGAACAGAUGUAUGACGCGCUGGUAUCCCGUGAUCUGAAUUACAUGAAAGAUGUCUUCUUUGUGUCUGGCAAGAAUGCGGAGGGUAUUUCGGGUGUCAAAGGUGCCAAAGCAUCUGCUUCUUUCACAGCCGCAAGUCUGUGGCCGUACAAAUUAAUUAUGCAUCUGACCGCCUCAAUCCUCAAGACUGGCUUGGUCAAUCUCCAGACUAAUACCCCGGUGACGUCUGUGAGUCGGCAAUCUUCAGGCAGCUUUAUUAUUACAACUCCACGAGGCACGACCGUCGCUCGGAAAGUCGUGUAUGCGAACAAUGCCUACAUCGCGGGUCUUCUUCCCCAGUACCGCGAAGCCAUCGUUCCCUGCAAAGGACAGUGUACUCAUAUUUCAGUUCCCGAGGGCACGAAAGCGCCUCUGCUGAAUAACUCCUACAUAGUCCGCGAAGAAGACAACGUUGUUUCAUAUCUCAUCCCUCGCGCCGACGGCAGCAUUGUUGUCGGUGGCGCCAACUUGCUUUACUACCCUGUUCUGAGUUCAUGGUACAACAGCGUGGACGAUUCAAUCCUCAUCGAGGAGGUCAAAGACCAUUACGAUGGUUUUAUGCAGCGGUUUUUCAAUGGCUGGGAAAACAGCGGGGCCAAAGUGGAUAAAGUUUGGACCGGGAUCAUGGGCUACAGCUGGGAUUCCCACCCCCAUGUCGGCACCGUGCCUGGAGAGGAUAGCCAGUUUGUACUCGCAGGCUUCAAUGGUCAUGGAAUGCCUCAGGUGUUCUUGUCUGCCCUUGGGGUUGCUAAGAUGGUUCAGAAUGGGAUCAAGUUUGAAGAUACUGGUAUCCCCAGAUUGUUUGAGUCGACAAAGGAGAGGCUUGAGAAGGCGAGGAACGGUCCUGUCGGGGGUGAUGUCCUCGGCAUCAAGCGUUGA